AUGGCUCAACAAGCACGGAUCUACCAAGAUCAGGACCAGGUGGUCUCGCGCAGCGCCUUUGCUUCCUGCCGAUUGCUGCCUUCCUUGACCUACACCACUGCCCACCGCGGCGCACUCGAGCAUCACGCAAACCACAACAAGACCCCGGGAGGGCUACCGUUCACGACCCAUCAUAUCCCGCCACACCUCUACGUCUCGCAUCAGAGGUGUCGAGCUGACAGAAUGCCGAGCCAGGCUACUCUCCACCGAACGUGGAUGCUGGAAAGGAUUCCACUGGUAUCCACGGCACAUUACCCUCAUUUCCACAUCACUCCUACUCACGAAGACCCUCUGGCGAAGGAUGUGAUUUCCGGCGAAAUUCUCAACCACCAUCGAGUUCUGCGGGGGAGGUGGAUCCAGAAGCACAAGAGAUGA